AGGCAGGGUUAGUAGUUUAUGCGGUAACCGUUUAUAACCCAUAAUUUGGGGUUUUUGCCACAAAAGAGAGAGGCAAAGAAACCCUCUCUCUUGUUCAGCUCGCAAGUCGCCGCUUCUAAGCUUCUUCCUCAAGGAGAGAAUAAUAGUAAUAAUGGCGGAAGAGGAGUCAAAACAGUUGGCUUUUGUGUCGGAAGUUAUAUUGAAGAAAAGAAAACACAAGGAAGAAUCAAUAGCACUAACAAGGAAGCAGCAGCUGGAGUCUGGGAAAUAUGGAGGGAAGAAGAGGAAGAUGGAGGAAAUCAAAAGGCCUGAACAGUUUAUCAAGGAGUUCAGGGACAAGGAAUUGGACCUCAUCAGAAUGAAACAGAGGGCAAAGAGGGCAAAAUCAUCAUCAUGGACACCACAAUCAAAGCUUCUCUUCAUUGUUCGCAUACAGGGAAAAAAUGAUAUGCACCCGAGAACAAGGAAGAUUUUAUACAACCUAAAAUUAAGAAGAGUCUUUCAUGGUGUUUUCAUGAAGGCAAGUGCUGGAGUGUUUGAUAUGCUGCAAAAGGUGGAGCCAUAUAUUACAUUUGGGUAUCCAAAUCUGAAGAAUGUGAAAGAUCUAAUAUACAAGAAAGGUUGUGGGAAGCUAAACCAUCAAAGAGUUUCUCUGAUAGAUAACACCAUUAUUGAGCAGGCAUUAGGGAAGUAUGGUAUCCUAUGUUUGGAAGACAUUGUACAUGAAAUUACUAAUGUGGGUCCACAUUUUAAGGAGAUAACUAAUUUUUUGGGGCCAUUUGCACUCAGCAAGCCAAAGGAAGGAUUGCAGGGAAAGAGAGCACCAUACAAGGAUGGAGGAGACACUGGAAAUCGCGAGGAUGAAAUAAAUGAUUUAAUCGAGAAGAUGAAUUAGCAUUGAGAAACUAGUUAUUUGCUUAUGAAGUGUUCUUCAUCUAACAUUACAUGAGGAAUGUAUCACAGUUGAAGUUACCAUGACUUGGAUUUUGUUACAGAGUAUAAUUAAUGCAAUUCUUCUGAUUUAGUUUGAUUUCAGUCAUUAAA